CGGUUUUGAUGAUCAAACCAUCAUCCGUGAUUUAUUAAAUUCUAGCUCAUUUCUGAUCAACAGAAUCGGAUUUGUGGUAGAAAUAAAACAUAAACGCUGUAUUUAGUUUAUAAGCGACGUGUUGUGCAACAUCAGCACCAAACCGCUGCAUCCUUUAUCAUCACUGCGAGUCAGAGAAUGAAUGAAGAGGAGAACCCGGCUGCUCAGUGCGUACAGGUACAGGACGUCCACGGUGAUGGGCGCUGGAUGUCACAGCAUAACAGGUUCGUUCAGGAGUGUAAGGACGCGGAGCCGGACGUGCUGUUUGUCGGAGACUCCAUGGUUCAGCUGAUGCAGCAGUACGAGGUGUGGCGGGAGCUUUUCUCACCUCUGCAUGCGCUUAAUUUCGGGAUCGGAGGAGACACGACGUGUAAUGUGCUGUGGAGGAUGCAGAACGGAGAACUGGAGAACAUCAGACCAAGGGUGGUGGUGCUGUGGGUCGGAACCAAUAACCACGAGCACACGGCGGAGCAGGUCGCGGGCGGGAUCCUGGCCAUCGUACAGCUGCUCCUCUCGCGCCUCCCCAAGGCCAAGAUCGUCGUUCUGGGUCUGCUACCCCGCGGAGAGUUCCCCAACCCUCUGAGGGAGAAAAACGCGGCGGUGAAUUCGUACCUGCGCUACUCGCUGCCCCGCUUCGGCCCCGUGCAGUUCCUGGACUCCGGCUCCAGCUUCGUGCACUCGGACGGCACCGUCACCUGCCGGGACAUGUUCGACUUCCUGCACCUGACGGCCGGCGGGUACAGGGCGGUCGCCAGACCUUUACACGAGCUGCUGCUCCAGCUGCUGGAGGAGACGCCGCAGGAGAGACGCGCCUCCCUGGUGUGAGAAGAGACCGGGUCCGAGAGUGUUACAGACGGAUGUAUGAUAUCACAAAGAUACUAGCUGUUGUGUCUCAGUGUGGAUAGAGCUAUAUACAGUAUAGCGGAGCAGGAAAGCUAACGAAAGCUAACUACAGAAGCUAACGCUGCUCUGUUUUGUCGUGUGAAAGAAACCAUGCUGUUUAUUUAUAAACAUUAAUGUGUGUAAAGUGUGCAUGUGUGUACAAAUAAAAGCUGUUUGUGUAAAA